AUGGACCCCGAACUUGCGGCCGCAAUGGCCGCGUUUCCCGCGCGCUCUGCAAAGAAACCCGCAUCAAUUGCGGAAGCAAGGGACCAGAUGGACAAAUUGUUCACUGCACAGUUCGUAGCUUGGACGAAGACGCUUCUUCCCCCCGCCUCCACGUACGCCGUCCAAGACAGGGUCGUACCCGUAGAAGACGGCAAAGUCACAGUCAGAUGCACUGUUCCAGUAAACGAGGAUGAGAAUAUGAUAUUCCCGCUGCUCUUCAAUAUACAUGGCGGUUCAUGGGUGUCUAAUGAUAUCAGCAUGGAGGACUACUAUCUUCGUCGAAUCUGUGUAGAUCUGCAGAUAUCUGUUGUAAACGUCAACUAUCGUCUGGCUCCAGAGUACCCGUUUCCGACUUCAGGAAACGACUGCCUCGCGGCUCUGAGAUGGACGGCCGAGAACGCGCAACUCCUUAAGGCAGAUCUGUCCAAGGGAUUCUUGCUAUUGGGCGACUCCGCGGGAGCAAACCUUUGUGCUGUGCUCACCCACGAAAUACGCGGCGACCCCGUCUUCGACGGUAGGCAGCUCACUGGACAGUUCCUUCGAGAACCAUUUGUCGUACACCCGGAGGCGUACCCCGAGAAGUAUCUAUUAUUCAGCCUUCUGUCGCUUUACCAGGCACCUCCGUCGGACCCGCGUUUCUCCCCGCUCCUCUACCCCUCCCAUGAGGGGCUCCCACGGGCAUAUAUACAGGCGAUGGGGCUCGACACCGUGCGCGACGACGCGUUUGUAUACCAGAAAGCACUGCAAGAGGCGGGCGUCGAGACGAAGCUCGAAUUAUAUCCUGGGGUGACGCACGGCUUCCAUAACCAAUUCCCGACUAUAUCUAUGGCGACGAAGGUCUGGGAUGAUACGAGGAAGGGUCUUCAAUGGUUGCUGAGGCGGAUGUGA